UUAAUUGGCCACAUGUUAUCAUGUUGCCUCCUUACCGAUGUAAAUGGCAUGAACGUCGUCAGUGCGACCAUUCCCAUUGUUUACGAAAAGACUAUUGCAGCCGACAGUGAAUGCCUCGCUGAUGAGUAACCUCAAGAAUUGCAAACCUCUGAUGUAUCUAUGGAAACAUGCUUUUCAUUAGACACACUGUUAUUCAGAUCAUGUGAGUGUUGAGAAUUGCCUACAUUGAUGAACGGAUUACUCCUGGAGAUAAGAAGAAAACAGUACCCGUCGUCAGAUUAAAGGAAAACACAUUGCCGGUCAACCAGGAGAAGUGCUAAGGCUGACUGGUAACUCCUCCAAACAGUGUGCCGAAGAAAGUCGGACAUUCUGCUGUCGUCAUUUGUUGCCCUGGCUUGUUGGAGAUGACGGACAUGGAACGAUGAAUACAUACAGUGCUGAGCCGGACGAUCCGUUCUUGAUGAGAAGGGUGAGUCUGCGGCUGGACGCACUGCGGGAGGAGGGGGGCACGGACUCAGACACAAGCGGGGACAGUGACGGAGAGGAUAAUGACUUAGACGGAGUCCUGGAUCCAGAGGGAGAAAGUGUCUACAUUUGGAUGGGGGUUGUCUCCUGUUGUGUCUUGUAUAACACCUGGGUCAUCAUCCUGAGAACGUCUUUUCAGCAGAUGAGAUCUGAGAGUUAUUUGUCAUCCUACUUUGACGUGCUGGACGUGGUGGUGGACUUGGUGUACCUGGCCGACAUCGCUGUACAUUUCCGCACCGGGUACCUGGACGACGGAAUCUUGGUGACAGACCUGGCCAGCUUGAGCCGUCACUACCGCAGCCAAGGGGAGUUUCGACGGGACAUAGUCUCCAUGCUUCCCGUCAAGCUGCUCACCUUACUCUUACCAGUUGGUGAAGGUACCUUCCCCAUUCUGAGGCUACCUCGUCUGUUGAAGUGGGGGACAGUUCUGGACUUCUUCCAGCUUACAGACAGCCGCACCAGCCGGCCCAACAUCGUGAGGGCCAUGGUGCUGAUCCUGUACCUGGCAUCGUUCAUCCACUGGAUCGCCUGUUUGUACUACAUGCUGUCGGAGUACGAAGGCCUGGGCACAAACGAGUGGGUGUAUCCUGGAGACGAAGAGGAGCAGCCUUUCAUCAGGAAAUACAUCCGCUGUAUGUACUGGUCUAUCAUGACCUUGACUACCAUUGGCGAGAACCCUCCACCCCGGACAAACCUGGAGUACAUCUUCACGGGACUGACGUUCCUGAUCGGCGUGUUUCUCUUCGCCACUGUGGUGGGUAACGUGGGUGACGUUAUCAGUAACCUACGUCACGCAAGGACGGAAUUCCAGGCCAGGUUAGACAGGGUAAAGAUGUAUCUGAGCCACCACAGUGUCCCGGAUGUGCUACAAAAACGUGUGAAGAAAUGGGCGGACUACUCUUGGAACAGGACACAGGCGAUGGAUGAUUCCACGUUUUUGGAGAUGUUGCCAAGGCGCCUGCGCAAAGAGAUUGCCGUGAGUGUCCACUUGGACACCCUGAGGAAGGUCAAGAUAUUUGAGGAUUGUGAGAAUGGCUUGUUGUGCGAUCUCGCUUUAAAACUGCGAUCCCAGGUCUACACGCCAGGGGACUACGUGUGUAAGAGUGGAGAGAUUGGGAGGGAGAUGUACAUCAUAAGUCAUGGGAAACUCAAGGUUUACAUUCAAGACUCUGACGUGGACCAGCCGCUAGAGGUCGCCACACUGAAAGAGGGGAACUACUUUGGAGAGAUCAGCCUUCUGAAGCUGGACGAUGGGUGUAACCGUCGCAGUGCUGACGUCGUGUCUGUCGGCUACUCAGAACUCCUCUGUCUGUCAAAGAAAGAUCUUAUCCACGCUCUGGUGGAGUACCCAGAAGCGAGAAAAGUGCUAGAGGACCAAGGACGGGACCGAAUGGAAGCUAUGAGAGAAUCUAGAAUGCAGAGACGAAAGUCGGACGCCAGCUCACAGUCUGACAGCAGCGGUCUGAAGUCCAGGUUCCCGACACGUCGGACAACGUCCCUACCAACAAAACCCUCCAGCGGCGCCAACAAAAGUGAUGACAUCACGGAGAUCCUACUGCAGCUGAAGACGCUGGACAGUCAGGUUACUAAGGAGAGGAUUGAACGGCUUUCAUGGAAGAUGGCAAAACUAACAGAGAUGCUGAACGAACGAAAUGAGCAGCUACAGGCCACCACCAGGCGGAUAGGCGAGCUGGAGCGAAUGCUGCAGGGCGGCAAGAAAAAGCGGCGCCGGUCGUCCCUUACCACCCUGACCAGCAGAGACUUGAACACUCUGCUCUCCCCCGAAUACCCGCGGGGAUAUCGUGAUCAGUCCCGUCGGUCAACACGGCGAAAUGACGCAGCAGCGGCGUUAAGGGUGGACAAUCUGCGCAGGCGUUUCAGUACACAUAGUUUACUGCCAGUAGACAGUGACGACAUCACCGGUCAGCAGAAAGGCCUAGGCAGUGGGAGGUGUCAGAGCAAUCCGACAGAGAACGUCACUUCCGACGACAGCAGAACCAUACCGGAGAUCAGCAUUAAUGGCGUCCUACAUCAGGAGUGGUGCGUGUCCCCGAGGGGGGUGGGGUCGUCCUUCGGGGAUGACGAGGAAGACAUCAGUCGGCUGAGUGUCUCCAGCGGUAGCAGCCAUGACCUAGCCCGGCGGGCGUUCUGCAGGACCGCUAGCUACAGCAGUGACUUCUCCAGCAGCAUGUUCAGCGACUCGCUCUACAGCGACACUUGCUAUGACACAGACUAUUCCUUCUACAGGGACUAAAGAAUUCAUCCGGACUUAACACAAACGUAGUUUAUACCGUUCCCAAGAUUAACAACAUACAAACAUUUAUUUUAAGCCUAAUGCUAUAAAUUAAUCAAGCCCCUGUCACACAGCAGGAAAAUCAAUCGGCUGAAAAGUCUACGAGCAGUAAUGCGCCUGGUGUUCUCUCGAUAAUCACGCGAUUUGUAGGACCCGGCCGAUGUUCACAGGUCACGGAGCCCCGCGAAAUAUGGUAGAUUUUUAAGUGAAAAUACGCGCAACCCUCUGUCGAUUGAAAUCGGGUGAC